AUGAAACAUAAUAGGUUAAUAAUUUCUAAUUAUAACAAGGUUUCAAGAUAUGUUAAAUAUUGUAUUAUAAAUGAAGCAAUAAGUUUUUUUUUAAUUUUAAAAAUUCAAGAUCUUUUACAAGACUAA